GGAAGGUUCGGUGGCAAUCGUCGGUCUUCCAGCUGGUGGGAGUUGGCGUCGUGGUGCUGGGCGGGCGCUAGAGUCCUAGUUUGUAUAGUUUGGGAAGUCGGGCUGUGGGGUCGCACCUGCCUGUCUGAUCCCUGCUUUCCUUGGUUCCCUCCCACGGCGCCUGGGCCUCGCGAAAGAAUCCCCGGCCCCUUUGGGCCACGGCGGUAGCGGUGCUUUUUGCGAUUUUCUUGUAAUCACAUCUUAAAGCCUUCAAGAUGGUACUAGCAGACCUUGGAAGAAAAAUAACAUCAGCGUUACGCUCAUUGAGCAAUGCCACCAUCAUCAAUGAAGAGGUGUUAAAUGCUAUGCUAAAAGAAGUAUGUACAGCAUUAUUGGAAGCAGAUGUUAAUAUUAAACUAGUGAAGCAACUAAGAGAAAAUGUGAAGUCUGCUAUUGAUCUUGAAGAGAUGGCAUCUGGUCUUAACAAAAGAAAAAUGAUUCAGCACGCUGUAUUUAAAGAACUUGUGAAGCUUGUAGACCCUGGAGUUAAAGCAUGGACACCCACUAAAGGAAAACAGAAUGUGAUCAUGUUUGUUGGAUUGCAAGGAAGUGGUAAAACGACAACAUGUUCAAAGUUAGCAUAUUAUUACCAGAGGAAAGGUUGGAAGACCUGUUUAAUAUGUGCAGACACAUUCAGAGCAGGAGCUUUUGACCAACUAAAACAGAAUGCUACCAAAGCAAGAAUUCCAUUCUAUGGAAGCUAUACGGAAAUGGAUCCUGUUAUCAUUGCCUCUGAAGGAGUGGAGAAAUUCAAAAACGAAAAUUUUGAAAUUAUUAUUGUUGAUACAAGUGGCCGCCAUAAACAGGAAGACUCUUUGUUUGAAGAAAUGCUUCAAGUUGCUAAUGCUAUACAACCUGAUAACAUUGUUUAUGUGAUGGAUGCCUCCAUUGGGCAGGCUUGUGAAGCCCAGGCAAAGGCUUUUAAAGAUAAAGUAGAUGUGGCCUCCGUAAUAGUGACAAAACUUGAUGGCCAUGCAAAAGGAGGUGGUGCACUCAGUGCAGUUGCUGCCACAAAAAGUCCAAUUAUUUUCAUUGGUACAGGGGAACACAUAGACGACUUUGAACCUUUCAAAACACAGCCUUUCAUCAGCAAGCUUCUUGGUAUGGGCGACAUUGAAGGACUGAUAGAUAAAGUCAAUGAGUUGAAGCUGGAUGACAAUGAAGCACUUAUAGAGAAGUUGAAACAUGGUCAGUUUACGUUGCGAGACAUGUAUGAACAAUUUCAAAAUAUCAUGAAAAUGGGCCCCUUCAGUCAGAUCUUGGGGAUGAUCCCUGGUUUUGGAACAGACUUUAUGAGCAAAGGAAAUGAACAGGAGUCAAUGGCGAGGCUAAAGAAAUUAAUGACGAUAAUGGAUAGUAUGAAUGAUCAAGAACUUGACAGCACUGAUGGUGCCAAGGUUUUUAGUAAGCAACCGGGAAGGAUCCAAAGAGUAGCAAGGGGAUCAGGUGUGUCAACGAGAGACGUUCAGGAACUUCUGACACAAUAUACCAAAUUUGCACAGAUGGUAAAAAAGAUGGGAGGUAUCAAAGGACUUUUCAAAGGUGGUGACAUGUCUAAGAACGUGAGCCAGUCGCAGAUGGCAAAACUGAAUCAACAAAUGGCCAAAAUGAUGGAUCCAAGAGUUCUUCAUCACAUGGGUGGGAUGGCAGGACUUCAGUCAAUGAUGAGGCAGUUUCAACAGGGUGCUGCUGGCAAUAUGAAAGGCAUGAUGGGAUUCAAUAAUAUGUAAAGAAGAUGCCUUAAUAUAAACGGACUCAGUUGAUUACAUUAUUUGCCGAGACCUCAUUAUUUGCCUCCCUCCUUUUUGCAAACAGGAAAAAAAAAGUAUUUUUCUUGCCUGUCUUGCCAUUUUUCUUUCUCUUCUCAUCUUUUUUCCCUCUCCUUUUCUUCUUCUUUCCUUCCUACUUCCCUCCCUCCCUUUGAUAUAAGGGAGGAAUAUAUAGUUUUUGUGGAAAUCAUUAUAUUUUUGCUUUAGAUUUUCUUCUGUUAGUUUUCACCAUCAUAAUACUUCUUAAGUUAAACAAAUCAUGAUGUAAAAUUUAGUACUUAAAAGUUUUUAAUUGUCUCAAAGGCCAAGCAUUACAUUUGUAAACAGUCCUGGUCAGUAGUUAUAUGAUGUCUCAAUAAAAGUGCUGUAAAAUAAACUUCAAACUCGUUAUACAUUAAGGGGUUUUUAACACAACACAGUGGAUCACAUUAAAAGGCAGACAGAAAAACCAAUGCUUAUAUGUCACUUAAAACUAGUCCUAUAGGGGCUCCUGGAUGGCUCAGUUGGCUAAGCUUCUGACUCUUGAUCUCUGGUCUUGAUCUCAGGGUCAUGAGUUCAAGCCCUGGGUUGGGCUCCAUGGUGGGUGUGGCGCCUACUUAAAAACAAAACAAAACUAGUUCUACAAGUAUACCUUUAAUCGGAAAUAUGGUAGAAUAACUGAACCAUUAGUAUUAGGAAUUUUUGUUUAACUUAUAAUAAUUACGGUAAUUUUGCCAUAGAAAAUCUCAGGCCCGCCAUUUAAAUUGAAAUUGCGAAUUUAGUUUAUAAUACAAUGUUUUGUGUAUAGCCUCCAUUUUUUAAUGUCAUAUAUUUGAAGCCUUAAUGGCAAUAUUUGGUUUGUUUGAAAAGCCAAUUUUGUUGUUUCUUACAUACCAAAAAAAUCUGCUUGAUGAAACUGAUGUACUUUGGUGAUAGUUAACGUAUAGACUUCCUAAUGGGAAAAUAAUUGCAUGUAUUAGGUUGUCAUGAUUACAUAUUAAAAAUAAUGAGACAAUGA